AUGAAGUUCUCACUAUUUCUCGGGACAGCUCUUGCAGCAACGCAGGUUGCUAGUGCUCAUGAGGAUCCUCGUGUCACUGUCAAGAAUGGCACCUUGACUGGUGUCUACAACUCGCAGUACAACCAGGACUACUUCCUAGGCAUUCCGUACGCGCAGCCUCCAGUGGGCAACCGGAGAUUCCGCAACCCGGCCUCGUACAAUGAGUCAUGGGCUGACGGCAGAGAUGCGAAGGCCCUUGGCCCUGCCUGCAUUGGUUAUGGCUCCUCGGCCUGGGGCUAUGCAGCCAGCGAGGACUGUCUGCUCCUCAACGUCUACCGGCCAGCAGGGUUGUUCGGCAAGCCCCUACCAGUGCUGGUCUGGAUAUUUGGCGGCGGCUUCGUCCAAGGAUCCGGUUCUGAUGCUCGAUACAACUUGACGUUUCUUGUCGACCGCUCCGUGGAGAUGGGCCAGCCCAUUAUCGCUGUCAACCUCAAUUACCGACUCAGCGCCUGGGGCUUUCUGGCAAGCCAGGAGGUCGCCGACGGCGGAGACUCCAACUUUGGCCUCCGGGACCAGCGUCUUGCGCUGCAGUGGGUACAUGAGAACAUUCGCGCUUUCGGCGGUGAUCCGUCCCAAGUCACAAUCUGGGGCCAGAGCGCUGGCGGCCAGUCUGUGGGCAGACAGCUCCUCGCCUAUGGUGGUCGUGAUGACGAUCUCUUCCGCACAGCUGUCAUGGACUCUGGAUAUCCCAUCUCAGAUGACCUACCUCAAAACGCUUCCCAGGCACAGUACAACCAGCUCGUCGCCCGCGCAGGUUGCGAGGGCCAGCCUGAUACUUUGAAGUGCCUGCGGGAGGUGCCCACUGACCAACUCAACACUGCCAUCAACACGACCGCUCUCAUCAACUGGCGGCCAGCCAUCGACAACGACUUUAUUGCCGUGAACUCGAAGCAGCAGUUCCGCAAUGGCCAGUUCGUGCGCGUCCCGAUCAUCACGGGUGCCAAUACUGCCGAGGCAACCGGCAUCACUCCUCCCUCGGCCAUCAACACGACCGAGCAGUUCCGCGCUGCCCUUCCCAGCUCCUACACGGACGCCUUCAAGGACAAGAUUGUCGAGCUGUACCCGGCCGGCAUGGCCGACAACUCGUUUCCCAACUUGCCCGCGGACUACAUCCCAUCGGCUUACCCUUACGGCCUGCAGUACCUAAACGCGGCCACUUAUUUCAGCGACCGCCUGAUCGCCAGCCGCCGCGCGACAUGCCAGCGCUGGGCCGAGCUCGGCCUCCCGGCCUACUGCUACCACUUCAACGCGAUCCCGGCGUGGGCAGGACCGCUCGACGGCUCCGCCCACUUCGCAGAGGUCGCCUUUGCGCAGUACAACCUCCUCGGCGUCGGCUACGCGCCCAACCGCACGCCGCCGUUCCAGGGGCUCGGCAACGAGUUCCGCGACCUCGCGCGGCUCAUGGCGAGCGACUACAUUGCGUUUGUCAACUCGGGCGACCCGAACAGGUGGGAGGGCCGGCGGGAUGCGGCGCCCACGAACCGGCAGGCCGUGGAGAAGUGGCCGCGUUAUGCGAGGGCGUCGAGGUGUCUGGGCGAUCCGCUGGUGUUCAAGUAUGAUGCGAACAUCACGAGCAAGCCUGAGAGGGACAACUGGCGAAAAGAGGGGAUCGCCUUGAUCAACAGCCUGAUCUAG